ACCACUUGUCCCGUCCAUCCCACAAGGAAGUAUCUGUGCUCCUGCGGGCGCUGGAGAGGACGGGGCUAGAAACAGUCCCAGCAGCAGCCAUGAAGCUACGACUACAUUUCGUGGUGGACCCCAUGGGCUGGCUCUGUGUCAGUGUGGUGUUUGGCAUCUGGCUCUACAACUCAAUUUUUGUUCCUAAACUUGUACUUCUUCCACACUACAAUGAAGGACACAUACCUUGGGCUAUUGUUGUUUGUUAUUACAUAGCAUCGGCACUGUGCUUUGCCGCCCUGUUCAGAGCUUCCACAGCAGACCCUGGUCGUCUUCCGUUAGACCCACAUAUACCUCAUUCUGAGCGAGAACACUGGGAGCUGUGCAAUAAGUGUAACUUAAUGAGACCAAAGAGGUCGCAUCACUGCAGCCGUUGUGGCCACUGUGUCCGCAGAAUGGACCACCACUGUCCUUGGAUCAAUAACUGUGUGGGAGAAGAUAACCACUGGCUCUUCCUCCAGCUUUGUUUCUACGCUCAGGUCCUCAGUUUGUUCACUCUAGUGUUGGACUUCUGCCAGUACUACUACUUCCAGCCCUUGACACAACUAGAUCAGGAGAAGUUUACAACACGGCAUGAACUGGCUUUGCUGCGGGUUUCGGCGCUCAUGGGCGUGGUCAUGUUUGGUGGCAUGACCAGUUUGUUCUACACUCAGAUGACAGGAAUCCUUUCAGAUACCACGACCAUAGAGAAAAUGUCACAGUUCUCAAAUGAAAUGUUAAGUUCAAAGAAGCAGUGGCAGAGCGCGUUGGCUGAGGUCUGUGGAACUCGAUGGAAACUCCUGUGGCUGCUUCCACUCAGAGCGAGGCAGCCUCUCCAGCCCGGACACCAUUACCACCGCUCCCACGUUUAGGUCAGACGUGUUUUAUUCCCUUUAAAUUGUAUCAUAAGAGCUAGAAGAACACUACGUCAACAGGAUCCAACGGCCCUUUUGUGGAUUUAUUAGAACAUAAGACACAGCCAAACCUUCUUGCGUUUUUUCAUUGCUUCUUGGCUUCUUCCAAAAUAUCAGACUGAUUUUUGAGGAUUUUGCCGAAUCAAGAAACUUCACCGGGAAAUGUUUGUUUGUUUUCUGGCACUGUGAAUCUUGACGACGUUUGAAAGACUUGGUUUGCAUCGGAAAACAAGCGCUCACUCAGGUUAUAUUCAACAAAAACUUUAUUAACUUCAAUCAGACGCAGAAUGAGGAUGACUGCAGUGUGUGUGGGAUGUCUGUACGAUGUUGGUGCCUUGUUUUAUUUAAUCAUAUUUAGUUCUGUUGCAUGAGCUGGUUUUAAUCUUGUGUUUUUAAUUGUUUGUUUAAAUGUAAUUUAUUUUUAUAUGGGUAAAAAGUGUUGAUUCUUUUACGGCUGAGGGGAAUGUUGCUAUUACACAGGUUGACUUUUGAAUGUUUUUGUUUAUUGCUGUGGGAUUUUUGAUGUUUUAUGAAGCGUGACCAUGAAGUUUGUCAGCUGUAACAUUAUGGCCCUGUUUCACAAAGGAGGUUCAGUAAACUCUGGGUUUAAGACUUAACUCUUCCCUGAGACGGACAACUCACAGUUUUCCGUUUCGUUAAAUAGGUUUGGAGCAGAGCUGGAAACUCAAGAGACAGUAAAAGGUUGAGUUCAGCAGAGACUUUACUAAGACUUUAUUAAUAAAUCCCAGAAAAGAGCAGUCACCAUGACAACAGUAAACCAGAGGAGGUGUCCAUCUUAGAGAAACAGGAAGUCAUGUGACUGUGGAUCAGGUUUAGUAUGAAAGGAAUAUGGAGGAGGAGUUUAUACUGUUUUAAUAUGAAGAUACAAAUGAAAAUACUCCAAGGCCCACAUCAUUUUGUUGCAGCCUAUUUACUUAAGCCUUACUUUGUGUAUGUAUAAUAUAUAAUACAUAUAUAAUUACCAUGUUUAACUAAUCUAAGAUGUUGAGAGCUGUGCAACUCAUUGGGUUUUUAAUGAAUUCUACAUAAAUGUACAUGAAUUAAAGUGAAUGAAGUGUGGUCCAUAAAGCACACUUCAGAACAGACAUGCUUUAGUGCACAACAGAUGAAAGUAUUUAAGUAAAAUAGUGUAAAAUAGAAAUGAAAACAAGUCAAAUCACUAAACCCAAACCCCACACCCCAGUCUGAUUAAGUGAACCUGAUCCACCUGUGACUGACCAAUCAGAGCUCUCCUUUAGGAGCAGGGACUGACCAAUCAGAGCUCUCCUUUAGGAGCAGGGACUGACCAAUCAGAGCUCUCCUUUAGGUGCAGGGACUGACCAAUCAGAGCUUUCCUUCAGGAGCAGGGACUGACCAAUCAGAGCUCUCCUUCAGGGGCAGACUCUGGUUAAACUCAGGGUAAAUAAAACCUGCUCUGGACCAGUUUAGGUUCACAGAUUGUUGCCAUGGUGACAGACUCAGAGUUUAGUUUCACUCUAGUAUAUAUAACCCUGAGCUCAUCUCUUUUCAGGAUUAACAAACUCCGGGUUUGGCCUAAACCUGCUUUUUGAAACAGAGCCAAAGACGACUGACAGUAAAAAAAAAAACACACUUAAAUAUUUGUCACAGAAGAUUUUGUAAACAUUUUGUCCUCGGUGUGUUAGAAGAACAAGAAAAUAAGCCAUGUUUUGACAAGGAGGAAAUUGAGAUAUAUGUGAGAGAGCUCCUCCAAACCUCCUGCUUCGUUCGGAUGUUUUAUUCGUCUGCAACUGUCAAAAUUUACCGAAACUCAUCCAAAAAACAAACUGGAAAACUGGUGACAGAUGUGAGAAUACAAUGCUCUCCCUUUGUUUUUGUUUAUAGCAACUUUUAUGCAAAUGAAUAACGGACAUGCGGUUGUCUGAUCAUAUUAUCGUCCAAUGAACUCAGUGUCCCGGGGAAAAAAAACCUCUUUAUUAUGUCAUUGUGUAGACUUUGCACUGAUUAUGCUCAUGUUUAGACACUUCUGAGGUUAGGCGUGGCUUUAUAUAUCAAAUUAAGUCCGUGUACACAGCUGCUCGGAGGGUCUGUACCUGUAGUUUUAAGUGCCUGUAGAUUAUAAGUUAUAUAUCCCACUUUUCACAGCGUUUGGUCUAUAUACAAACCAAAGACCAGGGGAUUUUUUGCAAUAGUUACGCAGGGGAACGACGCAUGUUUCACCACAGUAAGUGCAGCUGCUGAUGUGAGUUUAAGUACACUGUUUUAAGCACUAUUACUACUGUUUAUGUGGUACUUUUUCCCAAUCGUUUAUGUUUUAUGUGUAAUUUAUAAGCCUUAUUUUGUUUACUUUAAUCGAGGGAGGUGUUCUGCAGUUCCACGUCGAAGUGAAUUGUGAAAUGAUUUUGUUUACGUGUUUAAUUUUUGUAUUUUUUAUUCAAUAAGCCAUAUUUGCGUUGUCGGUAGUAACAGCAAUAGCCUUUACUUGAAUCACGGAAUAUCACGUAGAGUCCGCUUUGAACAGAACCUGCUUUUACUAGGCCUGUCCGUAGACAGGCCUAGUUUUAUAUAAAUGGACGUAGCUAACACGCUAGCCGCCGCUGUCGAGUUACAAACAGGAAGUGAGCAUGUGCGCGCUUUCGGCUCCAUCGAUUCUGGCUCCAUUUCACUUUCCUACGGUUUUUAUUCCUCUAUUUUAUCCGUAAAUGAACGUCCCAACGUCGCUCCCGCUAGCGUUAGCAACAGGAUUGAUUGACAGCGUUGCUAAGCGUCUACUCCCUGCUAAACCAACGUGCGUUACCUUCAACAUCCUCGCUCCGGAUUGGCUCUUUGGUUGCUAUGAUACGCACGGUCGGAAUUCCAAAUACGUAACGUCUUCAAAUUAGCUGCUAUAACAGCUAGCCUCGAUUAGCUUCAUUUGUCACACUCACUUAGUCCACUUUUUUGUACAUUCCACGGGCCUGUCAACUUAUCAUUCAUUCUGUUAUUUAUUUUAACAAUUUUGUUCAUUUAGAAACUAUUUUUGGGUUCAGUUUUAAUAUUAUCAUUUAUUGUUACAUUUAUUUCAACAAAAUAUCGCGCUUCAGAGUUUGUUACUGCGACAGGUCUAGUUUUACAUCAUUUCUGUAACUGUCCUGACUCCGUUAUAAGUUCUAAGUUGUUGUUCGCGCUCCUGAAACGGUCCGAGGGGUUAAACUUUUAUCAUUUCUGCUUUAGACACUACUGCGGUUAAGACAAAGACGACACAUAAAGUACUGUAUGUCACGAUCUCACAUUUAAAGUGAUUUGUGUGUUGAAAAUGUAUCUUGAUUAUAAUAAAACUGAUUAUGAAUAU